AUGGAUGGUGGGGUUGCGAACAUCAUGCAUCGUCCCCGUCCAAAGAGUCCGGGAGCCGUUGCACCAAAACCAUCAGUUGACGGGCUCAGCAAACCGUUCAAAUGUCCUGGAUCAGCGCUACAUACGCGGGCGUCCGAUAAGCCCGCCAGAAAAAGACGGAAAGUUAACUAUGCCGGAGCAGACGGCGACAAAGAGGAUGGGGAGAAGCCAUGGACCAACGAGGAUCGGCUUGCCCUCGCAAAUCGCGAUGCAAAUAGGUUCCCUGCAUUCAAAGUAAGGGAUAAAGAGCAGGUUUUCAAGCAGCGAUUUUCCGUCCCUCUAAUCAACAAAAAUUCUGGCGCUUAUAAUCCAAAUCGACCGGCUCCCAUCCUUGGGAUGCGGAGUGGCACUACAUUUGUCGUCAAACCACUACAUGAUCCCAGCGGAGAAUUUGCGAUUGUCCUUUAUGACCCUACGAUUGAUGAUAAGCCAGUAAAUCCUAAUGAUGCCAAUGAUGGGAAUGGGAAAGGAGAGGAAAGGGAGAAAACUGACCCCCCCAAGUUGGAUGCACCGCUUGUGCAUAAGAGUUUGGCAGAUAUUCUUGGAAUUAAGAAAAAGGUUGACGGUCGUCCGAAAAUUCCGGUGGUUAUAGAUCCGAAACUCGCCAAGGUGUUGCGUCCCCAUCAAGUGGAGGGAGUGAAGCUCCAAUGUAUUACUCUGCUCUGGACGCUGCUUAAACAGUCUCCAGAGGCGGGCAAAACAACCAUCCAGAAGUGCAUAAUUGCUUGUCCGUCGACUCUGGUAAAGAACUGGGCAAACGAAUUUGUCAAAUGGUUGGGUGAGGGCGCAGUAACGCCCUUUGUUGUUGACGGCAAAGCUUCCAAAGUGGAGCUCACAUCUCAACUCCGACAAUGGGCAGUAUCUUCAGGGCGGUCCAUUGUCAGGCCGGUUCUGAUCGUGUCAUAUGAAACGUUGAGGCUUUAUGUUGAUGAACUUAAGGACACGCCGAUCGGAUUACUACUAUGCGAUGAAGGCCACCGACUUAAAAACGGAGACAGUCAAACCUUUACCGCAUUGAAUAGUUUAAACGUCGACCGUCGUGUCAUCCUUUCUGGAACUCCAAUCCAGAAUGAUUUAUCCGAAUAUUUCUCGCUUUUGAAUUUCGCCAAUCCGAACAUUCUAGGGACUCGGAACGAAUUUCAUAAAAAAUACGAGAUGCCAAUCCUCCGUGGUCGAGACGCUGAUGGCUCGGAUGAGGAUAGGAAGAAGGGUGACGAGUGUGUAACCGAACUUUUGAACGUUGUCAACAAGUUCAUUAUUCGCCGAACCAACGAUAUCCUUUCUAAGUACCUUCCUGUGAAAUACGAGCAUGUGGUGUUUUACCUGCUCAAUCUGGGUGCAGAUCUUCCUGGGAGCGAGCAGAUUCUCCCGGAUGAUUAUGUUCCCCUGGAGUCUCGGGGGCGGGAUCGCGAUGUGAGAUCUUGGUAUUCAGGUAAAAUGAUGGUCUUGGAUCGCAUGCUUGCUCGUAUUCGACAGGACACCAAUGACAAGAUUGUUUUGAUUAGCAAUUACACCCAAACUCUUGAUCUUUUUGAACGGCUUUGCCGAACUCGUCAAUACGGUUGUUUACGAUUGGAUGGUACGAUGAAUGUCACCAAACGACAGAAAUUGGUGGACAAAUUCAAUGAUCCUAACGGGGAAGAGUUUGUCUUUUUGCUUAGCAGUAAAGCAGGCGGCUGUGGUAUCAACUUAAUCGGUGCCAAUCGCCUAGUUUUAUUUGAUCCGGACUGGAACCCAGCAGCAGACCAGCAAGCCCUCGCUCGAGUGUGGCGUGACGGUCAAAAGAAAGACUGCUUCGUCUACCGCUUCAUUGCAACUGGUACCAUAGAGGAGAAGAUAUUCCAGAGGCAGUCACACAAGCAAUCGCUGUCUUCAUGUGUCGUCGACUCUGCCGAGGAUGUCGAACGUCAUUUCAGUCUGGAUUCACUGCGAGAGCUAUUUCAGUUCAAGCCGGAGACCCGCAGCGACACUCAUGACACCUUCAAGUGCAAAAGGUGCCGGCCCGACGGCACGCAGCACAUCAAAGCGCCGGCCAUGCUUCCGAACGGAUCGAAUGUGUUGGAGGGAUUGGAUUGGGUGAUUCGUCCCCUCGUUACCACCACGGCGCUGGUGGUGAUUGAGCUCUUUUGCCCCAGUGGUCUCAUAUUGGCUUCCACCGGCGCCAAGACUGCCAACUGGUUAGGGUUUGGUGUUGGAGCUCCAAUGUACUUUCAGAGACUUCUAAGCGACAAGCUAUACGAUAAGCGGAAACAAGGUGCUUUGGAGCUCGAAAGAAUUAUCCGCGAUGCCCUUGUGAAAGCCGAACAUACCAAGAUAAAAACCAUCGUCGACCAGCUUUGUCAUGAAUAUGCAUAUGCUGUCCAUCAACCUCACACAAGAAAUGGGGGAUUGAUUGGCCUUGCAGCCGCCUCGAUUGCGCUUGGAACACUCGCUUCCGAUUCAGAGCUGUCAGUGAAAAACGGCGCAGACCUCCUCGAUCGACUAGUGAAGGAUAUAGUUUCUGAAUCAGCAGCUUCAUACGUUUCCGUUUUGCAAGCACCCAAGAAAGUUGAAGGUGAUUCUGAGGUUGAUGGUGUUAAUGAAUCAGAAGCAGUUUCCGAGGUGCCAACAGCAUUCUCUCUUGCGAAUUUUAUUCCCCUCCUCAAACAACGUAUACAUGUCAUCAACCCUUUCACUCGUACCUUCCUAGUCUCAUGGCUGAGUCUAUUGGAUACCAUACCCGAUUUGGAGCUGGUGUAUUACUUACCCGCAUUCCUGGAAGGGUUGUUCAGGUUCCUCAGCGACCCCAAUAGAGAUGUUCAUACAAUAACCCAGGGUGCUCUGGAGACAUUCCUUAGUGAGAUCAAGAAGAUUGCCCGGAUAAAAAAAGGGAUCGCAUACGCCCGCCGUGAUCCUGAAAGCGGGGAUCCCAAGCCGUCUGCUACUAGCGAUAGUAUGAGUGUUUGCUCCGGCUCGAGCGAUGUCAAAGAUAUUAGCGACAAUGCUAUUGCGGAUUCUGAUUCUGGCCCUGCUAACGACGGAGAUGUUCAUGUAUAUGGGGAUUAUGUUCCCGGACAGGAUGUCCAUGUAGAUCAUCCAAAAAUCUUGGAAAUUCUACUUGGCUUUGUGGACACUGCGUUUGAGGAAGAAAUCCAGCUGACGGCCCUCCGAUGGAUUGAUAGCUUUUUUGAAAUAAGCCCAGAAGACAUCCUUCAGUUUGUUCCUCGCCUACUUUCGCAAGUACUACCUGCCCUUUCGAGCGGUUCGAACCAGGUUCGUGAGGCUGCGAAUCGGGUCAAUACGUCACUCAUGCAGUAUAUUGUUUCCCUCACCGAUGAUAUUGCUCCUGAUGAUCCCCGGCCAACUCAACCGUCAAGGGUACCUACCGGGCCGGUUAAGGAGACAGAUGGUCGAAGAUCAUCAACUCCUACAGGUACACAGUCUGACUUGUCUGCGCCUAACGAAGUCAAUGCCAAAAAACUACACCCAUCUCGUCCUGCAUCAACGACUGAUUUAACCUCACGAAGCAGCUCAGAUGCAACACCGAUACCUUCACCCGAUCUAGAUUAUGCGGCUGCGGUUAGCGCCUUAACCCUCCAGUUCCUCAAUGAAAACGAGGAAACGAGGGUUGCCUCUUUAGCUUGGCUAAUUAUGCUUCACAGAAAAGCGCCUCGGAAGGUUCUGGCCUUCCACGACGGGACGUUUCCAGCUUUGUUAAAGACGCUAUCUGACCCUUCGGAAGCCGUUGUUACGCGAGAUCUGCAACUACUCUCUCAAAUUUCAAGAAAUACUGAUGAUGGCUAUUUCACUUCAUUCAUGGUGAAUCUGCUUCAACUGUUUUCUACCGAUCGAAAGCUUCUUGAAAUCCGCGGCAACCUUAUAAUCAGACAACUUUGCGUUAACCUAAGCCCAGAACGCAUCUACCGGACGCUGGCAGAUUGUCUUGAAAAGGAAGAAGAUGGUCAAAUGUUCUUUGUGGCAUUAUUUAGAUCAUGGUGUCACAAUGCCGUUGCUACCUUCUCCCUAUGUUUGCUCGCUCAAGCGUACGAACAGGCGUAUAAUCUUUUGCAAAUCUUCAUCACUUCAAAUACUCCAAGCAUUGCUUCAUCCUACGAAAGGCCAGGAGGGAGACUAAAAUCGCGCGAAGAUAUCCGGUGGGGUGAUUUGCUCGAGAAAUUCAAACGUGUGCAGGAGAAAUCCAGACGAUCCGGGCGAUCAGCGUCACGACAAAUCGACCCAGAUGCAAAUGGUAUGCCCCAUUCAUCAAUUGCAGCCGCCGUCGCGGCAGCAACUGCGGCUGAUCAAAAUGGAAAUAAAGAGAAAGGGAAUGUAGAUUCCCAUCGCAUAGGUAUCGGAACAGGGACUGGAAGUGGACUUGGAAGCGGGCAUGUAACACGAACAGGGUUUGCGGCGAAUGAAGGUGCCCCUGCUGCAGGGCAAAAGACGCCUAAGUCGAGAUCGGCGUUGGGAAAUUUAGGACGAUUAAGUGGAAUCGGGCAGAGGAAGUCGAAGCGUUGA